CAGUAGAAACAAAAGAAGACACAGCACUAGAAAACAAAGAGCUCCCUUCAGAGCAGAGUGUCACUGCUGUGGAUGUGCCUGCAAUGGAGCAACGGAAGGAGGAGGCUGAGCAGAACCACAUCCAGCACACGGAGCCCCCGCAAGAAGCAGCCCUGCGAGAGCCUGCAGGUCCGCCUCCUGCACAAAUGAGGCAAGCUAACAAACCGAGUGGACGCGGGGUUGGCCGAGCGCAGCCUGCCCUGCUGCCCACUGCAGAUGGAGCAGAGGAGCGCCCCGUAGGUCCCCCGCAGCAGAAGAGCUCUGAGCCUGGAGCAGAGCAGCGCUGUGCUGCAGAGCUGCCAUGCGCUGCCGGAGCUGCCCUGCACGGCACGGCUGCAGCCAGGAGGGUGGCAGAGCCUCUCCCAGAGCUCAGGCAGAGCUGCAGAGAUGCGCCGCGGGAGAGCUGGGAUAUGGAAGGAGCUCUGGCCAUGGGCAAGAAGAAGAAAAAGAAACCGAAGCAAAGGAGGAACCAUCUGCCAAGAGCCGUGGAGUUCUGGGAUGAAAACAUGGCGGUCUGCAGAGCUCCUAAGAGUUCUCCGUUGGCUGUUGAGGUGCAAAAAGCAGCCGUUGGGCCCAGCGUGCAUGCAGAGCUGUUGGUUGCCUCAGGAAACAGAGCUUCAGAUGUGCCAAAGGAUGCUGCAGUGAUGACUGGGAGUCACAUCCUGGAUGAUCCAAAGGGCCGUGUUGUGCCAGCGCCGGGCCGGCAGGGCACCAAGAGCAGCGCACCAUUCAAAUCAGUGCUGGAUGAGAAAAAUAGAGACAUCACGAGAGCAGAGGAAAUGAGAGCUGACAGCUCGAUGGUGCAGUGCGAAGGGAAAGGAAAGGUGCCCUCAGAGCAGAGAGGAGAGGCUGAGGUGGGGGAGCCCAUAGCAGCAGAGGUGCCAGCCACAUCUGUGGGAAGAUUUCCUGAUAGAGAUGGGAAGAGGGAGGGUGGGGAGCCAGCGUGGGCUGAGCUGAAGGUGUCUCCUUCAGCAGCCAUCGAUAUAAGCAAGGUAGAAACUCCUUCAGAGAUCAAACCUUCCCAAAUUCUCCCUUCUGAUAAAGGUAAGGAUGCUAAGGGUGUACCUCCCAGGCACAGAGCACCCAGUGACACCAGCCGCGAGCUUCAGGCUUCCAAUGGGUCACUGGGAGAAGCAGCGCAGGAGAGUGGUGAGCAAAACAAAGAGCUGAGCAAUGGAUCCUUCCAGGCACCUCCUCCAGCCCCAUCCACCCAGCUUCCCAACAAGCCAAGGGCAGCAGAUGGAGCUAAGCUGGCAUCCCCCAGUGAGCGCGAGGCCGUUGGCUUAAGUUCUUGUGAGGGAGUACUGAAGAGCCCAGCAGAUGCCACCAAAGUGUCUGUUACACCAUUAAUGGCUCAGAACCCCGAGGAAGGCUCUGCUGUGCAGAACAGGAAGGCUGAUGGUUCUGAGCAGCCAGCUCAAAUGGAAGGCAGAGCUGCUCCUGCUGAGGCAGCACGCGGAGGUACAGCAGCGUAUUCCCCUGACAGAAACAAAGGGAAUGGGUUUAUUGCAGAGGAGCAGCAGACUGGAAGAGACCUCGGCGUUGCACACGGGAUGGACAGACCUAAAAAAAAGCGCAGUGAAGGGAAAGGCAGAAAAGUGAGAGGUUUCUCUGAGGGUCUGGAGGAUGCGGGCACUGAUGGAGUGAGGAUGGGGGAGGUGAUGAGGGAAAGGCCUUUCCCUGAUAGAGGCAGGAAGGGAGGUUAUUCUGCCAGGGGACACUGGGCAGACAAGCCCAAAAAGAGAGGUAACGAUGGGAGGAGUAAAAGAGGAGAAAAAAGCUUUUUCCAGCAGCCUUUUGUGGAGAGUAAGAUGGGCCUUAAUAGCUCUCCUGACAGAGCUGGCACAGCUGAGGAGGUCAGCCAUGAGAAGGGCUGUGUCACUGCUGUGUGCUUCCAGGAGGACACGUUGGAUGUAACUGCAGCACAAAGGCCCAUUGAGGGAGUAACAGAGGAGCCCAGAGAAAAUGCUGGGAAAUGUGAGAUGGCUGAGCUGGGGGCUUUGGGCCAACAGUUCCUUCCAGCGGGUAGGAGAGAUGAUACAAAGCAUCUCGCCGUGGCUGACACCGUCAGCAAAACAAAGGAGGUCAAUGUUGUGGGUGAGGGCAGAGAGGCUGGAGAUGCUUCUCCAGGUGGAUGGGUUGGGGUGGGUUCUGAUGCAGACAAACGUAGGAAAAGGUGUAGUGAUGGGAAAAGGAAAAGGAGUGAGAAAGGUCCUUCUGGGCUGACGGCUGUCCUGGACACUGGGGUGGGAGCUGUUCCAAGCAAAGAGAAGGGCACUGGGGAAAUGAAGGCAAUGGCCUCUGGGAAAGAGAAGGUGCCUGGUUCUGAAAGAGGGGUUUUGCUGGAGCACGUGACAGCUGUAGCAAAGGAGGUGCUGGAAAAGCCCGAAGGAGAGGGUCGAAGUUUCUCUCAUCAGCCAGUUCUUCCAGGCCAUAAAACAGAGCCAGAAAUAGGCGAUGCUAAUGAAACGUGGUGCAAUGCUAAGUGCAAGGAGACAGAUGUCCAUCCAGCAGAGCACAGGGCAGACACAGUGAUGGCACGUGGUCCCACCACGGAGAUGGAGGCAGACAGACCUGAGGAAAAAGGCAGAGGGACGAAAGGCAGAGAGGCUGAGGGCGGCCGUGGGCAGUCUGUAGCACCAGGACUGGAUAUUAUCCCUGCCGUGGGUGGAGAGGUGGGAAAUGCUCAACAAGUUCAGCCUAAAGAGAACAAUUUCAGUGCUUCAGUAGGUCUGCCAGGUGACACAAGUGAUGCUACUAAAGCACAAGCUGCUGCUGUACCUCUGGAGCCAGAGAAGCUGAGGACAAGGGAUAAAGAGAGAUGCCAAGGGGCAGAGGUUGGCCCAGAGCUCCUCCUGGAGCCCAGCACAGGAGCAGAGUUGUGUCCUCCCCCUGGCAGCAGGGCAAUCAGCCUUCCUGGUGCAGAGCCUCCUGCAGAGGUGGAUCGCAGCUCAUCCAAGAGAUCUAAAAAGAGAGGUAGCGAGGGAGGAGGUAAAAAGCCUAAGGCUGGCCCUGAGCAGCCACCCGUGGGGCCUGAGAUGGAGUCUGGGAUGGAAGAAAUGGGCUUUGUAGAUGAGAACAGAAAUAUUAGUUUCCCCAUCGGCCCUCAAACGCUUUGGGAUAAUCAGGGAAACCACGUGGAGUCCUUGGCCUGGGGGGCACAUGGGAGGCUGCCUUCAGCUGGAGUGGCAGUGGAGGAGAGCAGCAAGGAGCCCGGAUCCGGCGAUGGGAAGGAGGUGUGCAGCCAAACACAGCCUGUGCAACCCAUGGGUGUGGGGCACGAAGAGCCUGGGAAAGAGGGGCCAAAGAAAGGGGAGGAUGGAGCCAAAGAGCCCGCUGCCCAGUGCGGGUUGGAGGCAGAUGCACCGCUUUCUUCAGCUCGUUCAGCACAGCGAGGCGUUCAGUCAAGAAAGGAUGAAGUUCUGCUUUCUCCUGUGGCGAAGGCGGAUGAUAAAGGGACUGAUAAAAAGCAAAGCGGUGCCAGCACUGCCUCUGCCCUUCCCCGGGAGGAGGUGGAUGCACAGCACUGCCCGGCACCCGGCGGUGCCCGAGGGGUGGGGGAAGAAGGAGGGGUCCCCUCUGGGGAGAAGGGUCCCAUGGCAGUUGGGAACAAAGCAUUGCAGGCUGCAGUGGAAGGGCUGAUGGGGAAGGACAGCGGGGGGAACGGCGUGGGUGCAGCCAUGGAGAGCGGCCAGCAUCCGCCUGGGUGGGGAGCUGAAGCGGAGGCGCCUGCUGUGGAUCCGACUGCUGCCCCAACAUCCCACACCCACCCCGAGGAUGGCGGCGACGUUCAGCGCCGAACCACAGAAGGCGAUGCUGGAGCAGCCCGCCCUGCUCAGGAACAAGAAGAACCUGACCCAAGAGCUGCCCCAGAGGCAAAGAAAGAGCGAGCGAAAGGUGCGGAGCAGCUGAAGGGCUACAUGAGACCCACCAAGGCCAGAGGGCAGCCCGCGCUGCCGGCCCGGCCCGCUGCUCCGGAUGGGGAGAAGCAGAGGCAGCUGAGAGGCAGCGCUGUGAGCCGGCCCAGGCAAGGCAAAGCAAAACCAGAGGAGCCCAAGGCAGCCGACGCCGUGACAGGGAACGACAUCACAGCACCCCCCAACAAGGAGCUGCCCCCGAGCCCCGAGAAGAAGACAAAGCCUGCAGCAUCCACACCAGCAGCAAAGCCCACGGCAACGAAAGCCAGGCCCACGGCCGCCACCAGCCCCAAACGGCCGGCCUCUGCCACUCCUGGCCCCCACAAAAAGCCCACCAGCCCCACGGCGGGCCCUCCUGCCACCACCACUCCCAAGCGCCCGGCCAGCAGCGCCACGCGGCCCUCCACCCUCACUCCAAAAGAGAUUAAGCCAAAGGUCACAGAUGCAAAGAGCCCGGAUAAGAGGACCUCGCUCUCAAAGCCUCCAUCAUCUGCUGCUCCUCGUGCUGCUGCCCGGAGCACCGCUGCCACUCCUCGGACAACAGCCACCUCCCCUGUGACUGCAGCUGCUGGGGCGAAGAGCACCACUGCCUCCCCACCCAAGAGGCCAACAUCCAUCAAGACCGAUGCAAAGCCUGCAGAUGCCAAGAAGGCCACAGCGAAGUCCCCGUCAGCAGACCUGGCCCGCCCUAAGAGCGCUGCUGGAAGCACUGUCAAGAGCAGUUCCACCACCACCACCACCACCACCAGCACCACCAGCACCACAGCCGUGCCCGGCGCCGCCGCCAGCCGCCCCAAACCCAAACCUGCAGCAGCCAAACCCACUGCCGCCUCCAGCGCCACUGCGGAUGCAAAGAAACCACCUGCAAAGGCUGCAACCAAACCCAGCGCUGCCCCCAAAGCGCUGCGCCCCACCAGCAGUGCUGCUGCUCCAGACCUGAAAAACGUCCGUUCCAAAAUCGGCUCGACGGAUAACAUCAAGCACCAGCCUGGAGGAGGAAAGGGGAAGGUAGAGAAAAAGCCAGAAUCAACCGCUGCUGCCCGAAAGUCUGAGCCCAAUGCGGUCCCUAAAAUGGCUCCAACUAAAACAACCGUAACAAAAGAGGGUGUCCCCAAACAGCCCAAUGGGAAAGUCCAGAUAGUCUCCAAAAAAGCGAACUACAGCCAUGUUCAGUCCAAGUGUGGUUCCAAGGACAAUAUUAAGCAUGUCCCUGGAGGUGGGAAUGUGCAGAUCCAGAACAAGAAAGUGGACCUCUCCAAAGUGUCCUCCAAGUGCGGCUCGAAAGCAAAUAUUAAGCAUAAGCCAGGGGGAGGAGAUGUCAAAAUCGAGAAUCAGAAGCUGAACUUCAAGGAGAAGGCCCAAGCCAAAGUGGGUUCUCUGGACAACGUGGGACACUUGCCAGCAGGAGGAACAGUGAAGGCUGAGGGCAGCGCGGAGCCAGAGCAGCUCCCGCCAGCCCCUCAGAACGGAGAGGUGCGAGCGGCGCAGGCAGGCAGCGCCCUGCAGGAGAAUGGCGUAGGGCCGGCGGUGCCCACUGCCCUGAGCGGUGGUGACCAAAGGGAAAUUCAGAGCUUCGAGACUCAGAUACAAGAAACAAAUUGAAUCCCACAGGCUGACGUUCCGUGAGAAGGCGAAGGCGCGCACCGACCACGGAGCGGACAUCGUCGUCGCCUCCAAACCCCCCACCCUCCCCAGCAGCACCUCUGCCAGCGACAGCCCAGCCUCCCCGGCACCGCCGCAGCCGCCGGCUCUCCCCGCCGCGCUCCCGCAGCAAGGCUUGUGACCCCCCGCCCCGUAACGCAGCUUGGCUCUCUUCACGCGGCCUCCGGCUUCACGCGGGACGGGGAUUUGCCCAGCGGCCCCCUCCCUUUGGCUUUGGGGGUUUGGGGGUCGGUGCUGUGCUGUCCUGGGGGCUCCGGGGGGAGCGCGGCGGCGGCCGGGCCGAGUUAAUAGGGAUAAGCUGUGAUUUCUUUCUUUUUAAGAGAACCCCCUUUUCCUCCUCGCUGCUUCGUUCCCUGACCCCAUUGACGCUGUUACCACACACAUUAGGGCUGUUUUAACUGUUGACUUUUACCUUUUAUUCUUUGUGACGACGUGUUGAUGAUGAUUUAUCGUGCUACAAACCCACACCGAGGUUCCUUUCCUCUUUCCUUAACCAUAGCAGAGUAGGGACAUUAACCGCUGCUGCAGUGCUGCUUCUUACUGACAUAUCCAGCAGUCGUAACUUUUGUUGUUGGUUGGUUGUUUUGUUUUCUUUUUUUUUUUUAAUAUUUUAAAAACGAUGGAGCAAAUUCAUGGGAUUAAGCCAUGUCCGAAAGCGAAAGGCGUAGGGAUGUGUUGAAGGAAGGCUUCUUGGUGAGCAGCUCAGGCAGAGCUGUGUUGGCUGCAGCCGGACGCGUUGUGUUGGUGCCAACCCCGCUGUGCGGCGACGUUGGGUUGGCUGUCGGUUGGAUUUUGGCUGGUUGUUGGGUGUUGGUUGGCUGUUGGCUUUUGGUGGUUGGUUGGUUGUUGAUUGCUGGUUGGCUGUUGGUUGGAUGUUUGUGGG